UCAUUUUUGUAACUAAGUGCGCAGUCGCCAGUUGCAUAACAUCUUUUAGAAAAUUCCAAUAAUUAUACAAGAAAACGAUCAAAAUGAUUAAACCAGUAAAUAUACCAAAAUUAGUUAAAGCAACAAGCCAUAUAGUAGCAUCGACGAUAACUCCAGCAUCAGCAGCGGCUGUUUUGCCUAAACGAGAAGUUACCAAAACCCCUAUAACUUUGUUAACCAGUUACUCCUUGUCCCAAAGUUUACCAACAGGCAAUGUUUCCAUCAGAUCAGGCCCAGGGGUUACAACCCAAGUAAGAUUUGCACACACUGAUGCUGUUGCAUGUCCAGAUUUUUCAGAGUAUAGACGUGAUAGCACUAAGAACCCCAAUGUUAAGUCUGCGCAAUCUGAAGAAGUUCGUAAGAAUUUUACUUACAUGAUUGUUGGGGGAACAUCAGUAGCAGCUGCCUAUGCAUCUAAAGCUGUUGUUACUCAAUUUAUUAGCACCAUGGCUGCUUCUGCUGAUGUAUUAGCUUUGGCUAAAAUUGAGAUUAAAUUAGCUGAUAUUCCUGAGGGAAAAUCUGUUACCUUUAAAUGGAGAGGUAAACCAUUAUUUAUUAGACAUAGAACAGCUGAUGAAAUUGCCCAAGAAAGAUCAGUGCAAGUAGGAACAUUAAGAGAUCCACAACACGACCACGAAAGAACCAUUCGUCCUGAAUGGUUGGUUGUUUUGGGAGUAUGCACUCAUUUGGGUUGUGUCCCAAUUGCUAAUGCUGGCGACUUCGGCGGUUAUUAUUGUCCAUGCCAUGGUUCCCAUUAUGACGCGUCUGGUCGUAUUAGGAAAGGACCAGCUCCUCUUAAUCUGGAGGUUCCUACACAUGUAUACCCAGAUGAUUCAACUCUUGUAGUUGGUUAAUAAUGUAGUAAAUGGGAGUUAAAUCAAUGUGUACUAUAUUUAUUUCGUAAAAUGGCUUGUAAUUAGUAAAAUGGUCAAGAAAAUUUUACAAGAAAAAUAAAAUAAUUUUAAAAAAGUUUAA